AUGAGACAGAUAAUCUUCUAUGAGGACAGGGACUUCCAAGGGCGUUCCUAUGAAUGUAACAGUGACAAUAGUGACUUACAGUCUUUUUUUAGUCGAUGUAAUUCAGCUCGAGUGUUAAAUGGUUGCUGGGUAAUUUACGAGCGCCCAGGUUACACAGGUUUUCAGUAUUACCUUAAACGUGGAGACUACCCAGACUAUCAAAACUGGAUGGGAUAUAAUGACUCAAUUAAGUCCUGUCGCAUUAUUCCUCAGUAUGGUGGUUCUUACAGAAUCAGGUUGCAAGAAAAAGAUAACUUUCAAGGUGAGAUGAUGGAAUUUACUGAAGAUUGCCCCCAUGUCUUCGAAAAAUUCCACCACCAUGAUAUUAAUUCCUGCAAGGUGCUUGACGGAUACUGGAUAUUCUAUGAGCAGCCCAACUACAGAGGACGCCAGUAUUACCUGAGACCUGGAGAUUAUAGAAGAUUUAGUGACUGGGGUGGGUUAAAUGGGAGAGUGAGCUCUUUCCGUCGUGUAACAAAUUUUAUCUAG